AUCUUCCCAUAAGAGCCAAAUAAACAAAGGCACGGUCCCCCUCUGCUUCUUUGGGAGUCUCUCUCUGUGCUGGGACCACCCUAACCUGUUGGGAGCAUCCACUUUUCACCUGAAGUUCCUGGAUGAGAAGCAGCCUUACUGAUCCUGCUGCCAUGGCACUGUGGAACUUUCUGACCAAAAGUGCAUUCUCUGCAGUUUGCUGAUCUCUCCCAAUUUGGAGCAUGAACUAUCCCAGAAACUAAAGGCUGCCACAAAGCUAAUCACCUUCUGUUCUGAGACAUAGUGUGCUUUUGGUUCUGAUGACAUGGAAAUGGGGCAGUUCAAUAAGACAAAUAAACUCAAGCCCAAUUUAAACAUCCUGCACAUUCAGUACUUCUCUGGGAAGAAGAGGAGAGAGAGUGACCCAGACCAGUCCAGCAGUCUGCUCACCAUAUCCCAGAGGAGGCCUUUGAAGUCGCCUCCAUGUGAAGCCAUGUGUCCCAUACGCUGCCAUUUGUGUAGCAUGGUCCUGCUGAAACUGGUGUUGUUGCAUAUUAGCACAUCACUUGGGAAAGUGCUUGGAUCCUGCUGCAAAAAGGGCAGUACAGACACUGUUGGUGGGAUGUUUACUUCUCUUCACUGCUGAGAUACUGCUGCUGGAGGUAAGUGGAGGCAUUUGACUCAAACAGAACUAAGCUACUAGACUGAGGAUACAAGAGAGUGUAUCUGGAGCGGCCUGGUAAACCCCCUGUGGACUAACAGCAGAACAUAUUUGGUAAUGGCACAUACGCCUGUGCUCUGCAAACUCUGCUGCAUGUCUGCUCCCUGAGAUGAAGGAGGCUCAGAUCUGGGCAAGGAAAUAGCAGGGUAAUGUUGAGUGCUAAGCCUUUUGGGGCAUGUGUCAUACACCCUAGGAGGCAAUAGUACCUACAUCACACACCUCUGCUUCCUCUUGUGAGGUGAGGAAGCAGGUUAUGGUCGAAAAGGGGAGGGGGGGAAGGUUAGAGGAGGAGGAUGGUCUUUGAGGAAGGGGAGGAAGAGGUGAGUCUAAAAUAUCCAUUCUUUUGAGUCUCCAGGUUCUAGGAUCACAGCUCAUAAUUGCCUGCUGACUGUGGGAUGAGGGGGGGAACAAGGCCAGGUCAUAGGCAAUUGGAGAUGUCCUACCACAUGGUGAUCUGUGGGGAUCUUUGGCUGCAAAACCAGUGGCUAAACUCCAUUGUCUACACCUCAAGGGGUUCUGUUGUCCUCAGAGGAGAUAUGGAGGACAAGUCCACUCAUCCUUGCUUGGCUAAUAGCGAUGGAGAGCUGUGUGGCAGCUCCCUGCCUAUUGCACUUUUGAUGCUGACCCUUGAUUCCCUUCUAAAGCUACAAUAUAAUGACUUUUCCUCCUGCUCCUGCCACAUUAGGGAGUCUUAUCUUCUAGCUAUCUCCUCUCUCAAAGGAUGAAAGCUGUGGAGGGAAAUGGGAAAUAGAAAUGGAAGAAAAGAACAAAAAGGAGGAGAGUGGGAGGAAGGCACUGGGGAAGAAAGAGUGCUCUUAAGGUGUGUAUGAAAGAAGGAAGAGGGAGCCAGCACGGCUCCUCAGCUAGUGGCUAAAAGCCUGAUAUAAAUUGGGAAUGCAUUGACACCAGUGUGUGAAGCUGUGAGUCGGACACAUUCCUCCGCACAGUGAGAGAGAUGACGCUCCAAGGGUUGGUUCAGGGAGGGCAGAGCACACCUCUCCAGCAUCUUUUUGAGCUGAGAGGGUACAGAGACUUGGGAGAAGAAGAAAUCCACUUACCCACUGAGGAGAAAUUUCUGCUGGUUUCUGUGGGCGCAGUGAACACUGGGGAGAGGUGAGAGAAGAGCUGGCGAAGAGCAGAGAUGUUUCCUCCUGGCAGGCAGAGGUUGUUUAGCAUUGAUCAGCUUUGAGAGGAGGAGGGGUCCCUUUCUCAACCCUUUGAUGGUGUUUAAGGAAAACUACUGGACAGAGCUUGUGAUGGACGAGAUCAGCAAAAUGGACUGGACUGCUGGAGGUGAGGAAUAGAUUUUGGUGGAAUACCUUGAUGUCUGCUGAACUCACACUGUCCUUUCCUUCCCUUGGCUGGUCUUGUGCUAAGACUAUACGUUUCUCAUACAGCAAGCGGGGGAGACAGAGGGAAGGAACGUGUCUCUGACAGCCUGACUGCUUUUGCUUCCCGUACCCAAAGAUGUCUUGUGACCCUUUCCUGCUAAGCGCAAGGCCUGGAGAGGACCCUGAGGGUGGUAACUUCUCAGAGGACAGCAGUGGCAGGGGUGAUGGCAACAGUGUCUUGGGAGGUGACAGCACAGUCACGGGGCCCCUGAGUGCAAUGCUGCUGGUCAUGUGCCUCACUGGGAUGGUGGGGAAUAUCUACACUCUGGUGGUGGCCUCUGGCCGGGUUGCAGGCCGCUCGGCAGGAUCCUUAGGGGUCUAUGUGAUCAACCUUGCACUGGCUGAUUUCCUGUACCUCUCCACCAUCCCCUUUGUGGUCUGCACCUACUUUGCCCACGACUGGUUCUUUGGGGAUGUGGGCUGCAGGCUUUUGCUCAGCCUGGACCUCCUCACCAUGCAUGCCAGCAUCUUCCUACUGACUGCCAUGAGCCUGGAGAGAUACUGGGCGGUGACCAGGCCGCUGCGGGCCAGGCGGGCUGGAAAUGCUUACCGCAUGCUGGCCAGUGCCAUCCUCUGGCUCCUCUCGCUCCUGCUAACGGCCCCCAUGAUGGCGAUGAUCCAGCUGCGGGACCAGGGCGGUCACCACAAGCGGAUCUGCUUCCCCACCUGGACGCCAGCUGCCUUCCGGCUUUACCUCACAGUGUUGUUUGCCACCAGCGUUCUGGUGCCUGGUCUGGUGCUGGGUGUCGUCUAUACCCGCCUGGCCCGGGCCUACUGGGCCUCCUCCUCGGGCUUGGGGCCACUGGCCACUGGCCGGGCUUCCUCCCAGAAGCUCUUCUCCCGUAUCUUCGGCAUUAUUGCGGCCUACUGGGCCUGCUUCCUGCCCUUCUGGGCCUGGCAGCUGACCAGGCUGUACGGGGACGAGGGCCUGGGCCUAGGUCCCACUGCCCAGGCCUAUGUCAACUUUGGGGUCACCUGCCUAGCCUAUGGCAACAGCUGCAUCAACCCCUUCCUCUACACUCUGCUCACGAAGAGCUACCGCCAGCCCCCUGGACACAGCGGGAGGGGGCCGCUGGGGCCUUGGGCCCCCUCCCGGGGGGUGGCUCAGGGCACAGUGGGAGACAAUGGCGCCUCUCUGGUUUUCAAGGAGUUGUCCGGAUCAGCAGGAGAAAGCAGGGAGGGCCCAGAGUGGCGAUAAAUGCCCCAGAUGGGAGCUUCUCCUAGCUUUUCACUGGAAUUAAGACCUCCAGGAAGGAAAAAUAAAGCGAGUUGUCUUCUG